CACACCGGUGUGAGAGCUACUUAAAUUUAAAAGCAGAAGAAGACGAGCAGUAACGGAAAGAAACAGGAAGAAGAAGCCGAAGAAGGAGAAGAAGAAGAAGAAGACAACACCGUUACCACAAUGAAUAGGAGACUAAACAAGGAGCUUGACGACAUUCGCAAAAGUAAGGCCAAAUAUUUCUGCAACAUUCAAGUGGAUGAAUCGAAUCUUUUGAACUGGCAAGGCCUCCUCGUUCCCGAUUGUGCUCCGUACGACAAAGGAGCAUUUCGCAUUGAGCUCAUAUUCCCCGCCGAGUACCCCUUCAAGCCACCGAAGAUCACGUUCAAGACGAAAAUCUACCACCCCAACAUUGACGAGAAAGGCCAGGUGUGCCUGCCCAUCAUCAGCGUGGAGAACUGGAAGCCCGCCACAAGAACUGAAAAUGUGAUUACCAGUCUGAUUUCUAUGGUGAACAGCCCUCAGCCGGAGCAUCCUCUGAGGGCCGACCUGGCCGAGGAGUACAGUAAAGACCGGGUGAAAUUCAUGAAGAACGCCGAGGAGUAUACAAGGAAACACAGUGAAAAGCGGCCCGUUGACUGACGACACAGCACUGACGCUCACUGCUGUCGGCCUCCUUUCUGUUUCCUGUUCAAAGAGCCCAACAGCACCGACUUCACAGAGAUGCCCCGUUCUCGCAUAUCUGCUUGUUUUAGCACUCUCCAACCACUCCGUAAUUAAUAGAGGCUUGUGUUUCUCUUUCACUUUGCCCAAAAACAAAAUGAAAGAAAAAAAAAGCAGGACUUUUUGGUGAAUAGGCAGGCUCUGGCCUCUAGGUGUCACCUUUUUGUUGUUUUGACUUCUUUCUACUGAUUUCUUUUUAGAAAAAAAUAAAUAAAAUUGUCAGAGGUGGCAUCCUGGAAAGAAAAAUAUCAAAUAAUGAUUAAAAAAAAAAAGAAAAGUGGUGUUUUGCUUACUUAAAUGUUGAAUGUUUUUGUUUUUUUCAGAUUAAUCAUUAGCUUAUGCAGACCUGUUUACAGAUUUAUAAGCUUUUGUUUUCGAACGUUAACACACAUGCACAGCUGAUCUGAAGCUGUUGUUUCUAUCUUUGUUUUCCCUCCAGAUACACUGUACACUUUGUGAAAUCACCUGUUGCAGUUCCUGAAAAUUAAAGUUUGUCACUGAUGCAGAAUUCAACAUUUAAACUCAGCGAUUUGUGAAAAUUCAACAACAUUCAUGUGUUCCUUGACAUGUUUCUGUAUUUGGAGAAGUAAUUAAAAUGGUUCCACCUC